AUGGUGAAGAACGAUGCAGUUCAGCGUCAUCUUGGCCGUCCAGUCGUAUCUCAUGGAUCUCCAGAAGACCCUGGGGUUGAGCUCAUAGUUGCAGAGUACGAUACCAACUUGGAACAAGUCGUUCCGAGCAGAAACGAAAGAGAAACGAGUCUGAAAGAGUGGAACGCGAGCGACUUUCAGCAAAGCGACUUCUUGCCGAACACCAAAAUUGCGCUAUCAUCCCUCAAUGCGAUCGAAGGAUUGCCCAGCAUGGCUAUUCAGCUCACCGCAUUCAGAUGCGGAGGCAGAGGGAUCAGCGCAAUGAUUGCACACCCACUCGCAGAUGCCGCUUGCCUAAUGACCUUCAUGAACUCCUGGGCUGUGCGAUCAAGGGCUUUGCUGCAUCCGAAGUCUAUAUCCGGGAGCUCAAAAAUUGUCAAGCCAGUUUUUGAACCUUCUCUGCUUGAUCAAGUUGCACAACUAAGCCAUGGAGGAGCACCCGAAAAUGCCAAGAUCCAAAAGGCUCGAUCACUACCAAUGCACCGGUUCGACUGGUGGGCGGAAGAUGCACCCAGUUUCCCUUCUGGUACGAAGCCUGCUACUCAGGCUACAAUGCCAUCUGCUGAAGAGAUGGGAAACACGCAACUCAGCUCGUCGUCCUUUCCGCCAUGGCCAACAUGGGACAUGGCUGCGCCAGUUGAUCACUACCAGAUCCGUUUCUCGUCCAGCGAGCUAGCGAGGAUGAAAGAAGCUGCGCAAGCAAGUCUUCCUGCCGAUAUGACGCCUUGUUGCAUAUCUCGACUUGAUGCUGCAUUGGCACAUGUGUGGACUCUCAUCAACCGUGCAAGAAAUCUCCAGCAUACACAGAGCAACGUUUAUCUCGACAUCACCCUGGGACUUCGCCCAAGAGUGAGCCCGCCCUUACCCGAGACUUUUGUCGGGUCUCCUCUCCUUCUCGGAUAUGUCGAGAAGACUGGAGUUGAGGCGUCUACAACGGAAUUGGGGCUUGUCGCGGCUGCGAUUAGAGGAAUGAUGGACAUGUUCACCCCAGAUGCGGUCGCAGCUUAUAUCCAUGAUGCCGCUCAUGAAGUUAGUCCACAAAGACUGUGGCAAGCCUUCUUGGGCAAACACCAUACGCUUGUUACGUCUUGGGUGAGGACACAAGCCUAUGAGCUUGACUUCUUUGGAACACAGCAGGUGGCCAGGUAUGUCCAGGGAGUCAUGCCCAAGAUCGAUGGUCUUGUCCAAGUCAUGGAUGUUGCGGAUACUGGUGACUUCGAUGUCAGCAUAUGCAUUCAACGGGAGGCCAUGGAACGGCUCCUGAGUGAUCCUCUACUACGGAAGUAUGAGUCUUAG